AUGGCACACUCGGAUAACAAGUACGACAUCGUUAUAGUCGGCGCAGGCCCCGUCGGCAUACUUCUGUCGCUAUGUCUCUCGCGCUGGGGAUACAAGGUCAAGCAUAUCGACAACCGGCCUGUACCGACGGCCACUGGCCGUGCCGAUGGCAUUCAGCCUCGCUCGAUUGAGAUUCUGCGAAAUCUCGGAUUGAAGCGUGCUCUGAUGGCUUAUGAACCGGCAAAGGUUUAUGCUGUGGCGUUCUGGGACCCGUUGCCCGGUGGCAAGGGCAUCCACAGGACCGGAAGUUGGCCCAGCUGUCCUCGAUUCAUCGAUACGAGGUAUCCUUUUACGGCGCUGGUACAUCAAGGGAAAAUCGAACAACUGUUUCUGAACGAGAUUGAAAAGGCUGGCACGACAGUUCAACGCCCCUGGACUAUCGUGGAUUUUGCAAAUACCGGAAAGGACGAAGCAUAUCCUGUAGAAGUCAGUCUCAAGUGUCUUGACACAAACGUUAUCGAGAAUGUUCGCACCAAGUAUUUAUUCAGUGGAGAGGGUGCACGGAGUGUUGUCCGAGAGAAGCUGGGCGUUCAAAUAACCUACAAAGACCAGAUCUCAUUCGUUUGGGGUGUUAUGGAUGGGGUUGUACAAACGAACUUUCCUGACAUCAACACAAAAUGCACCAUUCAUUCAGAUAGCGGGUCGAUCAUGGUUAUCCCCCGCGAGGAUAGCAUGGUCCGGCUCUAUGUACAAAUCGCUUCUUCGACGGAUCCCGACUGGAAUCCGAGGAAGACGGCUACGGCUGAAGAGGUCCAGGAGGCUGCUAAGAAAAUCCUCCACCCGUAUACUAUCGACUGGGUCAGAGUCGAGUGGUACUCUGUGUAUCCUAUUGGACAGGGGAUUUCCGAAAAGUAUACACUUGAUCACCGCAUUUUUAUGGGUGGAGAUGCGUGCCAUACUCACAGCCCCAAGGCAGGCCAGGGCAUGAAUACGGCCUUUCACGAUGCACUCAAUUUUGCCUGGAAGCUUCAUGCUGUAGAGUCUGGAUUUGCAGACCGAUCCCUUUUAGAGUCGUAUGAGUCAGAACGCAAGAAAAUCGCAGAGGAUUUACUUGAUUUUGACAACAAAUAUGCCGCUCUCUUCUCGCAGCGUCCGCCCAAUGCAGAAGAAGUCGGAAAUGCCAAGUCACUUAGUUCCGAUGAAGGCGAGGAGAACGAGUUUGUUCAGACGUUCAAGUCGUCAUGCGAGUUUACCAGCGGUUACGGAGUCGCAUACGAGCCGAAUGUCAUUAACUGGAGUCCCAGCCAUCCCGCUCAAUCGCACUUGUUUGGCAUCGAUGGCGUGAAGCUCGUCCCUGGCAAGGCUUUCACGCCAACUACUGUCGCGCGUCUCUCGGAUGCGAACAUAGUCCACCUAGAGCAGGAAGUUCCAGCAAACGGAUCUUUCCGGAUCUUCGUAUUUGCCGGUUCACCGUCAAGGAACAAAAAAGCAGUUGAAGAUUUGGCAAACAACCUUGAGAAGGACAAAUCUUUCUUGUCCGUGUAUCGCAGGCCCGAUAUUGCAGAAGUCUCCUAUUUUGAACGUCACAACCCACACUCCAAGCUCUUCACGCUUAGUUUUAUCUUCGCCGCGGAGAAAACGGGCGUGGAUGUCUCGUAUCUCCCUCGGGUUGUCAAGGACUAUCACCACCACAUCUAUGCGGACGACGUCCCCGAUGUGCGCGUACCACAUGCGAAGUUUUCCGCGCAUGAGAAGCUUGGACUCGAUCCUGAAAGGGGCGGUGUAGUUGUCGUUCGUCCGGAUAGUCAUGUCUCGUGCAUAGUGCGUCUGGUCGAAGGAAGUGGUACAGUCGAUGCAUUGAAUGCGUAUUUCAAAAACAGCAUGCUCUCUCUGGCUCUUACUGCCGAAUUGGAAGGGUACAUGUUCAUGUCGCGUGUCAGUGCUGCGCAUUUAUCGACUAACCUGGCUCUCUUUAGUGUAACAGGGCUCCGGCCAAAGGACACUGAGGAGGACCCAUACUACUACACCUUCAAGGUCCUCUGCAGCUCGUGCAGGGAGACGCAUCCAAACUGGGUCAGCUUUACUCGUUAUGAAAAACAUGAAAUCCCCGGCAGUCGUGGAGAAGCCAAUUUCGUGUGGAAAUGCAAGCUCUGCGGGAAAACACAUUCUGCCUCCAUAACUGCAGGGCCCAAUGCAUACGAAAUACCAGAGAAUGCCAAGUCCAAGAUCCAGAAGAUCAUAGAAAUGGACUGUCGCGGUCUCGAGUUUACCGACUUCAAGGCCGAUGGUGAUUGGGAAGCCAAAGGGGCAGAAACGACCACGGCGUUUUCGGGCAUCGACUUGUCCGAAGGAGAGUGGUAUGACUACGACGAGAAGGCAGGUGAGGAAGUGAGCAUCAAGGAUAUCAAGUGGGAGAUCAGAAAUAUCAAAUAA